AUGAGCGAUGAAGUGAGCGAGCUGGGACCGCCCUCCCAGACCGAUGCUGAACUCUCUACAAAGACAAUUAUGGAGCAGCAGCGCGUCAUCAGCACCCUUCGCGAGAUGGUUGCGGCUAUGAAGACCCGGAUAUCCACGCUAGAAGCUGCCGCCUCCACGGAAAGGGCACAGCCCGCUAACACCGUGACUGGGAGUCACCUGAGUGAAGUUUCUUUCUACCAAGAAGAGGUUGAGCGCCUUAGCCGCUUAGUGGCGCUGUUAAUUAGAGAACGCGACGCGGCAAUGGCGAAGUGCGCGACGUUGGAGGCUGCUGUGAAGCAGAGGGAUGCGCGGGUGGCAGAGGUUCUUGCGUGCUGCAAACGGUUGCAGAAGAUGGAGGCGGACUGGCGCACAACACGCGUUCGUUUGAACUUUACCGAUUCGUGUUACAAGGAUGCGGAGCUACAGUGUAGUCAGCUGAAGGAGGAGAUGGACGCCCUGUCAUUUGAGCGAACGCGCUGGAGGGCGUUUGCGGUGUCCAUUGCAAACCGACUUGACGCCGUAUCGCGGGAACGGACGCUUAUGCACAUGAACCUAUUAGAGCGUGAGGAGCGCAUGCGCACGUCAGAGCGCGUAACAGCGUCGCCAAGCAGCAAGGUCAAUAAAACAGCAGCUGUUAACUCUGAGGAGGCGGCACGUUUGCCACCAUUUGAUCCUACAGAACUGACGACCGCGUGGGGUACGCGGCAAACAACCCUGUUGCCGUCACUUGCGCGUGGAGGUGCGGGCGAAAAGGCCGCUAUGCGCUCCUCACCAGCAACGCGGUCUAUAGCUGUGGCCAUGCGGCGCAAAAAAGGCCGUUAUUUGCUUCCGUUGUAG